UAGUACUUCUACGGGGAGGAAAGACAAGUUUUUGUAGAAUCCUCAAGUUAGUUACCUGUAAAUUCUCAAACGGUGAUUGCAGGUAGUGCUGGAGAAUGUGAUUUUUUUUGUUUGAUUAAUUGCUCUUGUACAGCUUAUUCUUACGAUAACAAUGCAUGCUUAGUUUGGAAAGGGGAAAUAAUGAAUUUGCAACAACUUCCAGAAAAUGAUGGCAGUGGGAGAACUAUAUACGUUCGACUUGCUGCCUCUGCUCCUCAGUUUUCGAGCAACAAAAAGAAUAAAGGGGUUGUCAUAGGUGUUGUUGUGGGUUCUGCUGCUGUUGUUACGAUGCUCCUGGCCAUUGUUAAGGUCACGAUCCGGAGACGUCAAAGGCAUAUACUUGGAACCGCAAAUGCAGUCGAGAGAUCGUCUCUAUCAUACUUGGAGUUGGAGUUGGGGGAAGAUAACAAGAAUGAUACCGGUGUUCCUUUCUACAGUUGGAAAAGUAUAUUAGCUUCUACAGAAAACUUUUCCGACGUACACAAACUAGGGCAAGGGGGAUUUGGACCUGUUUACAAGGUAUUGUUACCUGGUGGGAAAGAAAUUGCAGUGAAAAGGUUGUCAAGCUUUUCCGUACAAGGUUCUAAUGAAUUCCAAAACGAAGUUGUAUUGAUCGCUAAGCUUCAACGCCGUAACCUCGUCCAACUUCUGGGCUACUGCAUUGAGGGGAACGAAAAGAUCUUACUCUACGAAUAUAUGCCCAACAAAAGUUUGGAUGUCUUUAUAUUUGGGAUUUGAAGACAAGCAACAUUUUGUUAGAUGCAGAGAUGAACCCAAGAAUUUCAGACUUCGGUUUGGCAACAGUUGUUGGGGACAACAUAUAAGAAGCAAACACCAAUAGAGUCGUGGGAACCUAGUAAGUAUCAAUCUAAAACAUUAUCUUGUCAUGACUACUGAAAUUUUUUAAUUUCUUGUCAUGACUUUUAUGAUCUUUUACAUACAAACUCUAGAUGUUGGUCUAGUUCAAGCAAUUCAGUUCAUAUAAUUCAGUUAACUACACUGUGAACCAAUUAUGUUACAUUCUAAAAAUUAAAAGACAAAUAUAUCUCCUUCUCUUUGAAAUACAACAAAAAAGAGGGGAAAAAUGAUUUUUGAACAUUCUACCUCCGCCCUAUUUUUCCAUCUUUCUAUUCUUCAAGAUUUGUUGAAUGGUUGAUGCUAUAGCCAAUUUAGAGUUAUCAAGGGGUGGCAAUGGGGCGACCUGGCCUGUGCUCCCCUGAAUCCUGUAUGCCAUAUGGGAUGGCCCAGGCCGAUUCUCUUGCUGUAGCAGGUCAUCUCCGACAUAGCCCAAUUUUGAAAGUUGGCCCUUCAUGGCAUGUAGCCAUUCUCGCUCUAAUUGAUUUUUAUUUUUUCCAUUCUCCAAGUUGAUACAAUCCAUUCAUUCAUAUAAUUGAUUUACUGACUCUGAUUGAUUUUUUGUAUGGCUGGUUUUGUAACCAAUUGAGAAUGUUGUUUGCUUAUUCCUCAAGUGUACACACCUUGACAAGUAAUGAAGUGAAUGUUUAAGUC